UAGAUAAAACUCUUCUGUGCGAGGAGAUAAACAAGUUAACGUAUACAAAACGAAAAUAGAAAUUUUAUCCGCUAAAUUCUAAAACAUGUUAAAAUCUUAGUAAUUAUUUUAUUCUUUCGAUAAUUCAUUUUCGAUCCAUCAUGUUAUUACAAAGGAAACAUUUUAUAGGUGCUGUGGAAGCAAGUUGCUUGCAUUUAGACACAGGUUGAUCCUUGAACUAAUUUCCCCAAACAAUUAGUCACGACGGUAAAAACCAGUGUGUGACAAGUGGUGGACAGAAUCAAUUCAAUCCUACGUACCUCUCGCUAGCCAGAAUUGUGUAUUGUGAUGCCAGAGGACAGUGCCAACAAAUAUUUAACAUACCAUUACAAUUUAAGAGACCGCCAAAUGCAAUGUGGUGACUCAACUUCUCAGACCGCUACCCAAACAAUUACAACAACAACUCCAACGCAAACAGCUACCACAACAACAACAGCAAGAUCACCAACAACAGCAGUGAAUACAUUAAGUGUCAAUUCCUCAUCAACAACAACAACAGCAGCAAGUUCAAUAACAACAACAGCCAAUACAUCAAGUGUGAAUUCCUCAACAACAACAACAGCAAGUUCAUCAACAACAACAGCCAGUAUACCAACAGCAACAAUAACAAGUGACAGCUCUCCAACAACCAUUAUGCAGAGAGAUAAUGGUGUUCAACUAGCUAAAUUCACAGGAAAAAGUGGAAAAGUUAGUGCCACACAAUGGUGGACCCUCUUCAUUCAGUGGUGUUCCCUUCACUCAUUCACAGAACAACAAAUCCUGGGACGCAUCGUCUUCCAUUUAGCCGACAUGGCGCAGCAGUGGUAUUUAUCACUUCCUGAAACAUCUCGGAGUACUCUCCAAAGUUUAAAAUCAGCGUUCUUUUCCCGAUUUGGAAAACAAUCUUCCUUCAACCUUGAUGUCCUAGAUAUUAAGCAACAAAUUGACGAAACCUGCGAAGAGUACAUCACCAGAAUUCAACAGAUGGCAUGUGAUGAUGAAAUACCAAGCCUGAUGUUAAUUAGUCUCAUCGCCAAAGGAUUUCAACCGGAUAUUUCUGAAAAGGUGUUAGAUAAAGAUCCCCAAACAUUUGAGGACCUAUUUAAAUUCGCAAAAAGGGCAGAAUCAACUGUGAAAAUUCGUAAAAAUGACAGCCUGAUUGCAUCCAUUGAAGGCAUGGAAGAUCGCCUGAUGACGAAACUUUCAAAACAACUGGAAACGACUGUUAUGGCUUUAGACCGCCGAGACCAAUAUGCUCCUGCAGAAGUGCGUGACCGUUAUGCUUCAUCUGAUCAACAGAACAAUCCUCAUACUAACGUGCACACCAGCAACCAUGGAAGACCCCGAGGACAUGAUUUCCGUUCCCAGAGACAUUUUAAAAGUGAAAGCAGAGACAGACCACAAUUCUCCAACAAUGCCUCUCAAUACGGACCUCGCAACCAAGGAAACCGCUUUCCUCGGCCCACUCCUCCGUCCAGACAGCAUGGUUACCGUCCAGCCCAGAAUCAACGUCAUCCUAGUCCCAAUAUCCCUGGGAGUUGGUUACUUUCUGGGCCUGGAUGCAGCGCUGUGGUUUGGUUUCUUUGCCAUGGGUUCCUCUCCAGGAGGAGCUGCCAGCAACAUCUACUGUUAUCUAUUGGACGGCGAUGUAUCCCUCAGUGUGACCAUGACCUUCAUCAGUACUUUGGCUUCGCUAGCUCUGAUUCCAGCAUGGAUCUACAGUGUGGGUAUUAAUGUGAUCUACAAAGACAUAGAGAUUUCUAUUCCCUUCGUAAAUAUCAUCACAUCUCUAGUCGGCCUGAUCAUUCCUGUGGGCAUCGGGAUCCUGAUACAAAUCAAGAAACCCAACUGGGCCCGGUUUAUAGAGAAGUUGGUGCGCCCAAUCACUGUGCUAUUCAUCAUCUUGGUCUUCACCAUUGGUGUAUACGCCAAUCUGUAUGUGUUUGAACUCCUGACCCCUCUUACUUUACUAGCUGGGGCUUUAAUUCCUUAUUGUGGGUUUGCUUUUGGUGCUCUUGUAGCCUUCAUAACAAAACAUGACAGACAGAGAAUCCUGACAAUUGCCAUAGAGACUGGUAUCCAGAACACUGGUAUAUCCAUUGUCAUGCUCCAGUUGUCACUUCCGACUCCGGAUUCCGACAUUGGAAUGGUGGCUCCCAUUGUGUGUUCCAUUUUUACUCCUAUUCCCAUGGUGAUUGCCAUUACUGCAUAUGAAAUAAAGAAGCGGUGCUUUAAGAAGAAGGAGGUUGCCACUGGUGAGAAAUUAAAAGGACUAGAUGGGGGAGAGAAGUCAGAGAAAUUGGGGGUGGAGGGUUUAUCUUACCAGCCGGUUAGUGAGAAAGGGAGUGACUCUGAAACAGAGACUUGUAAAAAACAUGAAAAGAAAGGCAUUUAGAAAGUUUUAUGAAAAGAGGGGUUGCCAUGGACGUCUACUUAACAUAUUAUUUGAGGUUUUCAUUUGCUAGUCAGUACGGCUUGCGAAGUUGAAAUUGGAAAACUCUGAUACUCUCUGCCAUGUUUUUUAAUAAUGCGAAAAUGGAAAUGACAUUUUUUAUGUGAAAUAUCAUCAUGAAUACUUAUACAUGUAUCUAUGCUCAAAUAUGAAUAUGUAAAAGUUGAUGUUCCUCGCAAUAUAUAUUUGAUAUUCCAUGAAAAGUUUGCAUCUUGAGAGUGCUCAAAUGUUUAAUUGUUUUAUUCUUAAACAGUUUCAUUGCUGAUCAAGUUUUACACAUGUUUUUGUAUUUUCUACCUUUAAGAUAUGUUAAGAAUUUUAUACCAAAUUUAUAUCUGUAGAAUAUUAAUUUUUUUAUUUUAAGUUUAUUCAUCUUUCUUUAAAGAAAAUUUAAUUAGAGCAUACUUGAUGUAACCUUUUAUAUGUCUUUGUUUUAGAUUUUAUUAGUAUAAUGACAAUGCCAUAUUAUUUUUAUAUAGAAUUACUGGUAUAUAUACAAACUGAUUGCUGGAAUGUUUUAAAUCAUUCAAUCAUGUAUUGCCUUAAGGUACUUCACUACACCGAGACUUAUACUUUUUAAGACACUAUGUCACAAGAUGGCGAUUUAAAUGUUUUGUGAAACUGUUUGUAUCAAUUGAUUUAGAUGUAGAUCAUCAAAGCUCAGUGGUUAAAAUAUCAGGCUUGUGAACCGUAGGUCAUGAGUUCGAAUCCACCUGGGGCUUUUGUUUAUGUUUACUGUAAGAAAUUUUUGAAAAUACUAUUUUUUAUCUAAAGUUGCACAUUUUUUCGCCUAUUUGAUAUAUAUACUUCUUAUCCAUCAUGCUUUCUAUCAUAAUCAAGUAAUUGUCUGCUGAUUUGAGAAACUUUUUCAAGGUGUAGUGAGACACCUUAAACAACCUGUGUUGGUGAAAGUAUUUCCUGAAUUGAUUUUUCUGUGUCAAAAGCAAUGAUAUUAUAUGUAUAUCAGUUUAUCAGCAUCGGUGAAGAUUGCAUUUGAAUGACAAGUCAUUAUUUGCUUGCUGUAUUUUGUUGACCAGUAGAUUUUGUUUAAGAUGGAGUGUUUUAUUAUAUUCUAGUCACAUCUUGUAGUCAAGUUUAAAUAAAAUGUAAAUUGGAAUCUAGCAGGCAGUUGUUAUUGUUAUCUGUAAUUGAUUCUAAAAAUGUAUGUUCAAUAUGACAUAUUUUUAAUACCUGUUCAUGUCUAAACAUGUUUUGUAUAAACAAAAUAUAUAUGUUUGUAUCUAGA